UCUUCUCUCUCCUCUCUCUCUCUCUCUUCUCUCUCCUCUCUCUCUCAAUCGAGCAGCUUUUUGAAUCGGCCGUAGGUGAGAGACGAAAGGUGGUUUCAAGAACAAGGCCUAGGUUGUUCGAGAAGAGAGAUUCUUUUUUUUUUUUUUUGAAUAUAUAGAAGAGAGAUUCAUGUACCGUGCGUCCGCUCGCAGAGGCUAGGAUCCUCAUCCAAGAUUUGAUUUUCCUUCGACCCAGUGCAGAUGUGCAGUUACACGGUUAUUCCUCCAAUUUCAAUUUUUGGCCGUUCGAUCAUAUCCCUUGUCAUCCAAGGGCGUGGGUUGAUUCCAUUUUCAAAUACCGUACAAGUUGAUCUCAGUUUCCAUUCGAGUUCCUUUCCAGUUAGACGGUUAGAGCAUGGAUUCAAAAUCUACCGUUGGAUCAUAGGCAUUGUCAUCCAAGGGCGGUGAAUUGCUUUCCAUUUUACCACACCGUGUAUCUGAAUCGCAGCUGAUUCCAGUUUCAAUUCGAAUUCAGUCCCAAAUUCAGAUAUUUUACCAUGCGCCUAGAGAGGUAUAUAUAUUCUUCCCACGGCUCCAAUACAGUUCCAUACUCUCUUAAUUUGUUUGUUUUUACACAUUUUCUCACUAAUUUCUCUCUCUCUCGAGCUUUUUCCAUCGUCAACAAUGGCAGAGAAACUUCAGAGCUGGACUCCCAUCAAGGAAGCGAUGGAGGAACUCUGGGCGGCGUUUCUCCUUCCACCGAGAGGAAGUCUGAACUUGUUCUGCACAGUUAUGAUGGAUCAUGAGGACAGAUUCCCAGCUGUUUUUCUGAAGAAUUUUCUCCAGAUGUUCAACUCUAUCAGAGGAUCACCUCCGGAUGAUGAUCUCUCUGACUCCCUGACGAAGAUCAUACAAGAAACAGACGUAUCUGAGACUCUGAGGAUGAUCAUAAAAAGGAGUGGUGAAGAAAGGAGCGGUCAAAUCGUAUGGAAUUCCAAGGACGAUGCAGCAUAUGAGGUUCCCCGAAAGUUGAUGGCGAAACAAUUUCAUCACGUCAAGGAGCAGAUGAGGAAAAGAGAACGAGAAAGAAAGCAGAAGAAACAGAAGGCAGCGCUGGUGGAAGAGAAUGUUGAAGAGGAGACCCCCACAACUGAGGAAAUUGAAGCAAAUAAACGGAUGUUCAGGAAGCAAAUCGAGGAUUCUACUAAGCAGUAUGAGGAAGCACAGAGGGGAGCUUUUGCUGAGACCUCCUUUGACCGGAAGCUAGGCAAACUAAUUGCAUAUUGUAAAAACCAUGAGAACCGAACCAAAAAUAUCGGGAAGCGCGAGUAAUUUCGACGUCUUGGCGCGCAAUUUCCUCGUCUUGGGUUGCUCAACACUUUUUUAAUUUUCUUUUAUAUCAUAUAUUUACCUAUGACUACUUUUAGGCCACUUUAUUAUAUAUCAUACUUAUUUACCAAUC